AUGCCCUUCGGUCUCAAGAAAUCCGACAAGGAAAAGGACUCUGGCGACCUCGAGUCCAAAAAGGCAUCGCUUUUUGGUGGUCGGUCCAAGAAGACUGCUGCUGCUGCUGCUGCACCCGCAUCCAACAACCCAUAUGCUGCUGCUCCGCCGGCCGGAUCAGAUCCAUAUGCGUCAAGGAACGCCAACCCAUACGCCGCUCAAAGUGCACAGAAUAAUGAUCCAUAUGCGAAGAGCCAGGGCAGCCUUACACAACCACCGACGAGCUCAUUUGGCAGCCUAAGCCUAAAUGAGAAGAAGGGAGAGCCAGCACCCGGAUAUGGUCGUGCUCCUCCCAGUUACAAUUCUCAGCCCGAUCCAUCUGGUAAGAGCCCUGUGCCGCCAGGAGGUUGUGGAGGCGGACAGCCGAGAUACCCUGCGCAGGGCAGCUCGUAUGGACAGACUGGGGGUUAUGGCAGUGAUCCAUACGGCACUGGUGCCUCACAGCAGUCACGGUAUGGCCCGUCUGGAUAUGGUGGCCUUGGAAGAAGCAACAGCCAGGACACGAUGAGCACGGAUGCGGGCAGGAACGCUCUAUUUGGUGAUGCACCAAGUAGAGUUCAGCAAUCCCGCUCUCCAGCUCAAGAUGGGGGCAUGCCCCCUGCUCAAGGUGGAGAUGCAAGCUACAGCAACACGGGCGGUUAUGACUCGGCUGAGAUGCCCGGUGGCUAUGGUGCCGGCCCGCCUCGGGAGCUGACAGCGGAGGAGCAGGAAGAGGAGGACGUUCAGGCCUCCAAACAGGAGAUCCGCUUCAUCAAGCAGCAGGAUGUCAGCUCCACACGUAAUGCUCGUCGCAUUGCAGAACAAGCCGAAGCCACGGGUCGUGAGACACUGGCACGACUGGGCGCGCAAGGAGAGAGAAUCCACAACACGGAACGAAACCUCGACAUGGCUUCCAACCAGAAUCGACUGGCAGAGGAGAAAGCUCGUGAGCUGAAGACUCUGAACAGAUCCAUGUUUGCUGUUCACGUGGCCAACCCGUUCACUGCGAAGAAACGCGAGGAGGCGGCCAACGCCAUCGCGCUGGAGAAGCACCAACGGGAGAGGCAGCAGCGCGAUGAUACUCGUGAACAGGCGUAUGGCAGUCAAGCACGACAGCAAAAGCAGCAGCGAGACCUCAAAGGGAAUGUUAUUGGAGGCCCUCCCGGUGCCAACAGAAACCUAGCAGAACGCGCCAAAUACCAAUUUGAGGCUGACAGUGAAGAUGAGGAAAUGGAGAAUGAGAUUGACGACAACUUGGACGCUAUCCAUCGGGGCGCUCGAACGCUUAACAUGCUGGGCAAGGCCAUGGGCGAGGAGAUCGACACGCAGAACAAACACAUUGAUCGUAUUAUCAACAAGACGGACAAGGUGGACGACCAAAUUGCUGUCAACCGUGCAAGGCUGGACCGCAUCAGGUAG